AUGUUCAAAUCGCAGCUCUUGCGCGAUGGCGAGGAGCCUUACAAGCCGUGGGUCGGCCAAAAGUCCCGCAAGCGCGCCGACCGCAAGGCUUACUGGACUUUCGUGGUCGCCGUCUGCCUCGGCAUUGUUGGCGCUGCAGCUCUUGUCGCUACGGGCUACCUUUCGGUCAAGAAGCACAACUUCUGUCUCGUCAUGGAGGACAACUUCGAGGGCACAACGAUCAAUGACAAGAUCUGGUUCCACGAGCAGCAAACUGGUGGCUUCGGCAAUGGCGAGUUUGAGUACACGACUGCCUCGCCCAACAACUCUUACGUCAAGGAUGGCCAGCUUUACAUUGUCCCUACUCUCACCGCCGACUCGCUUGGUGAGGGCGCCAUCACCAACGGUUACACCCUCAAUCUCACUGCCUCGAACACCUGCACCUCCUCCAACACCUCCGACGUCUACUGCGCCGUCGCAUCUAACUCGAGCACCGGCGUCGUCCUCCCCCCCGUCCAGUCGGCCCGCCUCAUGACCAACUUCAGCACGGCAAUUAAGUACGGCCGUGUCGAGAUCCGUGCCAAGAUGCCUACAGGCAACUGGAUCUGGCCCGCAUUGUGGAUGAUGCCCCAAUCAUCCGUAUACGGUACCUGGCCCAAGUCUGGUGAAAUCGACAUCUUCGAGUCUCGUGGCAACCUGAUCAAGUCAAAGGACGACGACACGUACAAUGUGAUGCACUCGACCCUCCACUGGGGCUUGGACAGCAUGACAGAUCGCUACCUCAAGACGUCGAAGGUCUACCAGCUCUACCGCAACUGGUACAACCAGCAAUUCCACACCUUCGGCCUCGAGUGGACACCGGAGGGCAUCUAUACCUGGGUGGACACGCCCACGCGCAAGGUCUUCUCCUGGAAGUUCGACCAGAGCUUCUGGGAGCGGGGUCAGUUCCCCACCGUCUCCUCCAACGGCACGGGCUACUCUGACCCCUGGCCCAAGAACUCCCUUGCCGCGCCCUUUGACCAGAAGUUCUACCUCAUCAUGUCCGUCGCCGUCGGUGGUACCAACGGCUACUUCGACGAGGACGACAUGCCCUGGAGCAACAACGCCGACAAUGCCAGGAAGGAGUUCUGGAACGCAAAGGACUCGUGGUACCCUACGUGGCCCCAGGCUCCCGAGGACAGGGGUAUGCUUGUCGACUACGUCAAGGUGUACCAGCUCGAUGGCGUCGAUGGUGCCGCGUGCCCGGCCAAGUAG